AUUCUCCCAUCGGGAGAUUUCGAGUAAUUGUCAACCAAUAAAAGACUUGGUUCGGCCCUCUGGUCUGGGUCAUGUGAUUCGUUUUCAUCACGUGAUUUUCUGUUCUCUCUCUUUUGGUCCCUGUCCGCGGGGGAGUUUGGACGUCUGUGAUGUAUCUUCCCUGAACUUAGUUUAUUUUCGCCAGAAAUUUUCGACAGAAAUUUUCGACAGAAUGGAGAAUCAUGCCCAUCGUCAGUCCAGGAAGUGUUCCGUUUGCCACCUUCCAGUGAAGGGCCACCCUGGUCCGUGCGGCCCCGGCAAAUGCGUGUACGAGAGAGCGGAAACAGACGAGGAAUACUUUGCACGAAUGAGAAACGAGCGCCAGCUGCAAGAUAGGAUUCGCAAGCUCCGGAAACACAGCAGAGUAAGUGAAAUCGCGCGCAGUGCGUGGACUUCUGCCACUACAGAUGACUCGGAAGAUACACUUGGACCCAGGACCGAACCCGUUGCGGUCGAGCGAACCUUCCAGCCACCGAAUUCCGCUAGUGAGUACCAGGCCGCCGAGGGGGAUUGUAGCUAUAGCGAGCCGCCGAUGGUUUCCCGCCAUACGUUCGCGUCAACAGGGGCCCGGGACGGGGAGUACUCAGAAUCAAAGGACCCACAGCGGUGUACAGGGAAGAAUCUGAAGUCAUCCAAGAAGUUAGUGCGUGAGGUUGACCAAGUUCUGAAGGACUUUCCAGAUCUGAUAUCGCGUUCUCAGGACGAGAAGAGCGGCAGGUACAAACGCUCCGCCGAGAUCCCUGAUGACUGCUUCUCGGAUACCUUAUCAUCGAUAUGUAGUAGUGAAGAACCCUCGAGCAGAGCACACUCGGCCCUGCCGCGCAUUACAAGGCAACACAAGCAUCGUCGAAAGCGGAGUCAUAGCCGACUUCGGAAGGCAAGAACCCAUUCACCUCACAGACGCAAGGCACGGAGUUACAGCCGCUCGGAUACUUCGUCUUCUCGUUCGCGUGACAGGAGGAGUGGCAGGUACAGACGCUCCGUCGGGAUUCAAGCCCAACCGUCGGAUACCUCAUCGCCAGGUAACAGUGAAGAAAACUUACCGCGCAGAGCACACUCGGCCCGGCCACGUAGUUUUAUAUCGAGCCAACACAGUAGAAAGAGGAGCCCAAGUCAGCCAAAGAAGGCAAGAGCCCAUUCACUCCACAGACGCAAGACACGGGGCCAGCGUGGUUCGGAUACUUCGUCUUCUCGGUCACGUUCAAGGGGCAGGCGCAAGAAAUCAGGUAAGACCGGGCGCAACCGUACGAUAAAUGACUCUAGCUCAGCCAGUGUCAAAGUCGAAUGGCCACAAGAACGGGCUCAUUUUCCCGGUUAUGGAAAACGUGGGGGAGUGACUUAUGACGAGUUAACUAUGCCAAUGUUUGUACAUGGUUACGUGAAAAAUGUUAUCGAGUCACAUAGAGUUUCACAUGUUGUGGAGGACAAGUUUAUUCAUCUGGCAGACUUGAUGUUUGACGCAGUGUAUCAAGAUUGGGUCACAGUAAGAGAACUACAUGCAUCGAUUCUGUAUGGGUUGGAGCGGGGCACUUUGAGUUGGUCAGAUGCCGACAUGUUUGCCACUAUCAGAGACCGCCAUUACCGCACAGAGGGUAGUGUUUCGCGUGGGAACAGCGGGAACAUGCAAGGGGCGUGGCCACAGACGGGAGGAAGCGCUACAUUCGAGUUUCCCAGGCCACGUUAUUGUGGCGGUUUCCAGACGGGAUCGUGUUCCCUACGUUCCGGACACUACAGUAUGAGAUGGAACAGCCCCGUACUACAUGUUUGCAGUGCUUGUCUAGUUGUCCGCAGUAUUCAAGAGCAACACGCAAGCAAGGACUGCCCGUUCAGGGAUCCAGUGUUUCGACUCUCCCAAGAAAUGCAAGCCAGGGUGGAAUUCGGUCCCUCUGUCCUUUCAUCUCAGUCCGACGCCGACAGCGGGCACAAACAAGGCGAUCGGGUUACAUCGGGUUGAGUCCAAGAGCGGGAACAUGACUUUGAAGGCACACAUGUACUGGUGAGAUCUUCUGUGAUUAUACCUUAGCACGGAGAAAGUUUUUGCGGGACUAUGACGAGUGACGUCUAGUAGAUUCUUAGAAAUUAGCUGGUUUAUUAUUGUGAAAACAGAAUUGUAUCAGCAUCUUGAGGAUGUUCCAUUUAGAAUCAUAACUAAGCUGUCAUUAUGCUGACCACUUGAAUACUUUUAUUUCAAAGUAACUAAGUUCUAGAGCCCUAGUAGUUGGCACAUUUCUUUCGCUUAUAUUUUAUUAUGAUU